GUGUCUGUGUCCCAUACGGGUAUCUGGCUCGGAGAGACCGAGCAGAGGCGGGAAAUGGCGCCUGGUAGCACAGCAGUGUGUCAUUUCGAAGACGAUCCUUGAACAGCAGAAAUACAACAGUGUGGGGGGGGAAGAACAAACAGUGCCUGUGUUGUGAUGUUUAAUCUGCCUUGAGUCGUUAUUGUCACGUAUAGCGGGUCACACUACACUUUACAUGUGACUGCUAAAACAAUGAGGCUGAGAAUGCGUAAGGCGUCUCAGCACCAAAACCCCGCUCUGACCAGCCGCACGUCCCGAACCAAGAGGAGACAUUCAGAGGUAGAAGAAGACCCUCCUGCCAGCGGAGGAAGAGGAAUACUAUCCACCAUCAAGAAGUUCAUCCGAGGAAAUGCUGUCAAGUUGCAACAGGAAAGCCCAGCAAAGAAGACACGCCUCCACUGCGAUGUGGACAACAACCUCAUAACCUCCACUCCCACAAACACCAACUCCCCCCGGAGGGGUGCAAGCAGAGUAGGCAAGAAAGGCACCAUCAAUGGCCAGGCGACCAAUCAUGACAGGAAUAAGGAGAAGCCCAAUGGCAGUCUGGAGGAUACGACUGCGGCUGAGAUGACCUCCAGCCCUCCCAGGACCACGCUGCUUGGGACGAUAUUCAGCCCAGUUUUUAACUUCUUCUCACCAGCUAAAACAUCCUCGGGCUCAGACUCCCCUGACCAGGCCCUGGAGGCUGAGGAGAUAGUGAAGCAGCUGGACAUGGAGCAGGUGGUGGAGACGCCCACCAGCACAGCCACGUCCAUACAGGACCUGUGCCCCGGUAAUAACUUCUACUCCAGCGUAUCGCACCUGCCGCCUCUACAGCCGCCACACAUCCUUGAGGUGACUCCUACGGCAGAGGAAGAAGAGCUCGACGCCGACGUUGACCUCCCGCCUCUGACAGCUCCAGGUUCUCAUAUGAAUGUGACGUAUGUGGAUGUUCCUCCUGCUACCGUGCCACCAGAGGCGUCCUACGAGGAAGAUUGGGAAGUGUUUGAUCCGUAUUUCUUCAUCAAACACGUCCCUCCGCUGACAGAAGAGCAGCUGACCCGUAAACCAGCCUUGCCACUGAAGACGCGCAGCACGCCUGAGUUCUCUCUGGUCCUCGACUUGGAUGAAACGUUAGUUCACUGCAGCUUAAAUGAACUAGAGGAUGCAGCACUUACCUUCCCUGUCCUCUUUCAAGAUGUCAUUUACCAGGUGUAUGUGCGCCUCAGGCCGUUUUUUAGAGAGUUUCUGGAGCGGAUGUCUCAAAUAUAUGAGAUAAUCCUUUUCACAGCUUCUAAAAAGGUGUAUGCAGACAAACUACUCAAUAUUUUGGAUCCUAAAAAGCAGCUUGUAAGACACCGGUUAUUUCGUGAGCAUUGUGUCUGUGUCCAGGGAAACUAUAUCAAGGACCUCAACAUCUUAGGCAGAGAUCUGUCAAAGACUAUCAUCAUUGACAAUUCACCGCAAGCCUUUGCUUAUCAGUUGUCCAAUGGGAUACCAAUAGAGAGCUGGUUCAUGGAUAAGAAUGACAACGAGCUGCUAAAGCUGGUCCCGUUUCUGGAGAAGCUGGUUGAGAUGAACGAAGACGUGCGACCACAUGUUCGGGAGAGGUUCCGACUUCACGACCUUUUGCCUCCUGAUUGAAACCAGCUUGUGGUGCGUCACAACGAAGCAGCAGGAUAAGACUGAAAUCAACAUACGUGUAAAAAGCCUCUCUUUGGAAUACAAAAUACAGCAUUGCCAUUACUUUUAAAAAAAAGUAGCUUUUUUUUUGUUUGGGGAAAAAAAAGAUGUUUUUGUUUUGUUUUUUUAACCUAGGUGUAAUUUUCUAAAACACAAAAAAAAUCCAUAGAGGGAAAUUACACACAUUACAAACAUACCCAUGUAGACUCCUCUUUUUAUGUGACUCCAGCUGUGGAGCCAGAAAUGAGCUCCACUCUAAACUCUGAAGUCUUGGUGCUGGUUUAGUGGAUAUGAACAGGUAAAGAGGAACUCUUCCCUGAGUCCCCGAACGCCACAUCAGCCCUUCCUGGUGCUCACGCUGUUGACACUGACAAAAUGACACUCUGCAGAUCUUUUUUUUUUUAAUUUUUCUUAUUCUUCCUUGUUGUUCUUCAGCAGGAAUGAUGGGUUGGUGAAUCAGUCCAUGUAUAUUCACACACUUGCUGAUCUGAUGAGCGGAUAAAUUUCCAAUCUGUAGCUUUUAAAAACAAAUAUGCAUUCCUCUGUAGCUCUGUCAAGUUUCUAUUGUAGGUUCCUGUUUUGUUUUUUUUUGUUUUUUUUUUCCCGGUAAAUCUUGGUCUUUCAUUGUUUUCUUUGUUGUUAAGAUAGUAUUUACGAGAUGUUUUGCUUAUAUUUGUAAGAUGCAUUUUUAGAAGGGGUCCUGUGAGUUUUAGUGGAAGCCUUUUUAAAAAAACAAAACAAAAAAAACCCAUCAUGGGUGCGUAUUCAUAACAGUCCACUUAUGACUUAAACUUGAAAUUAGUCUGGGAAGUUAAAGCUUUGCUCUCAAUCGAAGUCAUGAUAAAUUGUUGUGAUCGCCUUACCGUAGGCAUGUUACUCCAUAAUUAUCGGGACUAAUCUUAGCUGUAAAUUGUGAAAAUUAGAGGGCAUUCAUUUUCAGAUUGUCUCAAGAUGCUUCAUUAGUAGUAACUUUUACUUUGUCAUCCAACUGUAAUCAGUAUUGUCUUUUCCUCUUAAUCAAGUGUUCUGGCUAAAAAUCCGUACUCUUUUCUUUAAGUUGUACUGUGUCAUUUAAAGGCUCUAUCAGUAGCAUCAUGAUAAAUGUAGCACAUAUUUGCCAGUGUUAACGUCUGCUCAUGGCUGACAUGUUGCUAGGUCUCAGACCAGCAGCAUCCAGUUUAUUUGAAUCCCCCCAUUAAACAUUUUUCCAGUAUAACUAAAGUGGUGUUCAAGAAUGGCAACAUAAGAAUGUUUUAUUUCCUCUUUCAGCUCAUUUCAGUCUGAACUUUUUGGCCAAACUAACACGUUAGUGUCGGUGACGACAGAAAACUAAACGGCAUUUGGUCUCCAAAGUCACAGUCGAUUGCUGAAAAGUUUGCUCUCAUCGUUCGGCUUUUUUUUUUUUCUCGUUUGUGUUCAGAUGAAAUUAUCGUGCAUUUUGCGCUAAGUGAAAUGUGAGUGUUUUUAGUUGCCUGUACAGUGCCAUGCAAUCUCUGUUCUCCCAAGCUUCUUCUUUGGGCAAUAAUUGUGCAAUUGUCCAAAAACAAAAACUUAAUAGCAAAGAGAGACAAUCAAACCUUCUCAGUUUUGCAGACAUUGAAACACAGACGGUGGGUGCUGUGUUGUUUGACCUUGUCUCCAUGUGUAAAAUUUCCCAAUCAAAACCUUAAAAUCUUUCAGUGCAGAAGUUGUUUCCAUCUGCUUAGUUGGUUGCCUGAAUUUGCCUUUUUUUGGUGGGGGGAUACAGUGAUGUUUAAUCAGAAUGUUUUGAGUAAAUAUGUUCUGACUAUGAAUGUAAACUACACAUGGGGUGAAGGCUUAAAAACAUCUUUCCAAAUAUUCUGCAUUGUGCUUUGGCUUCGUCACUGAAGAAAAAAAAUAAAAAAGAAGAAACUGGCAGCACAUACAUGUUUAAGAACUUAAAAAAAAAAAGUAAGGAAAAUAUUAAAAUGCACUUGGAAUGGAGACGUUUCUCAAUUUCACCAAUCCUGACUGCCAUCUUUAUGCAAGCCUCACUUCCUGUGUGUGAUGUUUCCCCAGCUCGCUUGUUUCCUCAGUUUGACAGUGUGCUAUUUUUCUGUUGCUGCCUUUCUGAAGGAUCAGAGGGGAGGCAUUGGAGACUUUUCAUUCAACUCAUUUUUAUGUGCAUUACCAGUUUAUUGUACACUGAGUGUUGUACAAUACAUGCAGCUUCUUGUAUGAAAAAAAAAAUCCUUAAAAUAAGGAAAAUCUUUUGUAUUUUUGAUUCUUUUUUUAAAAAGGCAUGACAUAUCUACUUUAAAUGUAUUAAUGAAGAUUUAACUUUACAUCAGAUGGGGUGUUUUUUUUUUUUGUUGUUUUUUUUCUUCUUACGGAUAUCUGUGUUUUAGUUUAGGACUGUCAAAGAACGGUUAAACUUAGCAUGUAGACAAUACAGCUUGCUUUGUGGGAAAGUCAUGAAACAAAUCGUGACAUUUUUCUGCAAAAGAGUGGCUCUGUUAAUUUUAUUUUAUUUUUUACCAAUAUCCGUUAAGCCAUUUUACUUGCAACAAUUGCUGUUUGUGCUGAUGAUGUAUUUAAUGUUUUCAGACAUCUUUGUUAUCUAUCAGGCUGUAUGCUAUUGUAAAGUGUAUAUACAGUUACAUUGAAUUUCUGAAACAAAGUUUUAAAAUGAAAAAA